GACUCUCUCUCUCUCUCUCCAAGCCCACCAAGAAGAAGAUAAUGGAAGCGUGAAAGUGCGUUUCCCAGAAGCGCAGCACCACGACCACCAUCAUCAUCACCACCACAGACAUCUCUUGGAAGCAGGAGCCAAUAUAUAUACCACUCCUAGAGGAGGAGGAAGAGGAGCAGGAAGAAGAAGAGUUGAGACGAUGCCGUGCGUGUACAUCUCGACCAACGUGUGCCUCGACGGGCUCGACCUCGACCCCAUCUUCGCCGAUGCCACUAAAGCCACCGCCGCCAUCAUUGGCAGACCCGAGAAUUUUGUGAUGGUGAUCCUCAAGGGGUCCUUGGCAAUAUCAUUUGAGGGCAACAAAGAGCCAGCUGCUUACACAGAGAUAGUGGCGAUGGGAGGCAUCAACACACAAGUGAAGAGGAAGCUGAUCGCCACAUUGGGCGACAUCCUCCACAAGAGGCUCUCAAUUCCGCCCACCAGGUUCUUCCUCAAGGUCUACGACACCACCGCGCAAGCCACCCCCAAAUUGUAACCUUAAUAUAUAGUCUGUACCGAUUGAUGCUCAAGACAUUAUUUUCUUUCCUAUUUCUUAUGUUGUAUGGUUCAUGGGUUCCUAGAAAGGAAGCUAAUUAAUGGGUUUCUCGAGUGUUUUGGGAGGUGCAAAGCAGGUUAGCAUGUGAUUUUCUAUGUGUCCGAUGUAACUAGCUUCUGCACUGCCCAAAGUGGAAGCAGAUGCCAAAAGUGGAAACUGAUGAGGAGAAAACAAUGAAGCAAGACUCGUUCUAUGAAAGCAAAGGUUCCAAUA